CCUGAAAAUCCUGAAGAAAGCUUCCACCCAUUAUUGCACAGAGUAUGUCUUCCCUCUGAUUUCCAGUGAUAUAAAAUACCCAAAGAAUGAUUUUCUCACUGAAUGAACUCGUCCACUGGCUGGGCCUGACCAUUUUUGAGAUCUGGGUAAACCUCGUGUCCUUGACGAUAUUCACAGUCCUUCUGGCCCUGAAACUCGAUGAAAACUACUUCCUUGGCUUUUCUGGAUGGUGGGUAGUCUUCACUCCCCUCUUCAUAGCAGACGGCCUCAACACGUAUUUUUGUGCUAUAAUCUUCAUCCGGAUGCAUAUGGAGGGCAUGAUAAAGGUCGGAGUUCUCAGGGCCCUCUGGAGUCUCAUCUCUCUCCUCCUCGUUUUUGUAUUUAAGUAUCUUCUCUGCAAAAAAUUAUCGGGCCAGAGCAGCCUGGAGUACUCAGAGGUCUUCAGUCCUGUCUUCAUUCUUCUCCAGCUGAUCGCUGUGAGGGCCUGUCAGCUCCACUGACCUAGGCCUCCAGCCGAGGAGAACAUCCAAGUCUACAUGCUCAGCGCCAAUCCUGAUUUGAUAAGCGGAUACUUCGCCGCUGAGUUCAGAUGAAAAUCAUUGUCAUUCAAUUAUUGCGGGGAAAUCAUUGAACUGUUUAUACUCUUUAGAAGUUAAGAAAUAUAAUCUGUAAAAUUUUUUUAUUAUUAAAUCGUUAAUGUAAUGGAA